CUACGGAUCUUCAAUCAACAUUAGCUCUUCAACAAGCUCCUCUAUUUAAGCCCCCUUUUUCCCCUUUGUUCUACUUUCUUAACGGCCUUCCCUUCAUUUCAUCUUCUGCAAGCUAGCUUCACAUCUUCUAUAGUUCUUCUGCUCUCUAUAACAGCUCCCUUUUGUGUUAUUUAUACUUGUUUGUUUCUGGGUUUGUUUUUUGUUUAAUAUUUCCAUGGAAGAAGCUAUUGUUGUGAACAAAGGAGACGACGAACUCAUCGAUUUGCCUCCUGGGUUUCGGUUCCAUCCCACUGAUGAGGAGAUCAUAACUCAUUACCUCACAGAGAAGGUGAUGAACAGCAACUUCAGUGCAAGCGCUAUUGGUGAAGUUGAUUUGAACAAGUGUGAGCCUUGGGAUUUACCUAAGAAAGCUAAGAUGGGAGAGAAGCAAUGGUACUUCUUUUGUCAGAGAGACAGGAAGUACCCGACAGGGAUGAGAACAAACCGAGCAACUGAAGCUGGUUAUUGGAAGGCAACUGGCAAAGACAAAGAGAUUUUCAAAGGGAAAGGUUGCCUUGUUGGGAUGAAGAAGACCCUUGUUUUCUACAAAGGGAGAGCUCCCAAAGGAGAGAAAUCUAAUUGGGUCAUGCAUGAAUACAGACUUGAAGGCAAAUUCUCUUACUAUAAUCUCCCCAAAGGUGCAAAGGAUGAAUGGGUUGUUUGUAGGGUUUUCGAUAAGAAUAAUACAGGGACCAAGAAAAGUCCAAUCCCUGAUCAUCAUCAGCUGUUGAGAAUGAAUUCUUAUGGUGAUGAUUUUAUGGAUUAUGCUUCACUGCCUCCUCUCAUGGACCCUACUUAUAAUUCCAACAAGCCUGGCUCCUCCUGCACUUUCAUGGACGGCGGCGAUAACGAAUUCAAGGCCGCCAUCAACAAUCAAACCUUCCUUCAGGUUCCGCCAAAUCAUCCUUACGGAAGCUCCAAUAUUUUCAACCCACAAAUCCCAAUCCAAAAUCCCAUCGUCUUCCAUCAAGCCACUCCCACUUCCACCUACGUGCACCAAGGGAGGACCACUGCCGGAACUGGCUUCGCGGGCAAUGAUCCUGCUAACAGGCAGUGCAAGGUGGAGCAGUUUUCAUCAAAUCAAUCAAUGGUCAGUCUCUCACAAGAUACCGGUCUCAGCACUGAAAUUAACAACAAUGAGAUUUCAUCGGUGGUUUCCAAGAACGAUAUGGGAUUUGGAAUCAGCAAGUCUUUUGAAGAUUUGAGAUGUUUAUGGGAUUACUAAGAAUCAUAUGAUGGGUACUAUUUGAUGACGAUCAUCACCAAGUUGGCUUGUUGAAAUUUCCUAGGAAUAUAUGAUUUGAAACAGUCAUUUUUUUUUUCUUUUUUUUUUCUCCACUAGGUAAAUUAUUUAUUUUUAUUAGAUUGGAAAGUUUCUUGGUAUUUGGAUGGAAAAGAAAAAUGGGUAUACAAUUUGUAUAGGUAGAUUCAUGGUAUUGAAAAUAUUUUCACUUCAUUUAUCAACAGAUAUAUAUGUCUGAGAAAGGUUUAUGUA